AUGUCCUCCUCAGUGCCCUGGGAUUACAUUGCAAAGCUGGUAUGCAUAGGCGACUCAGGGUGCGGUAAAUCCUCGCUCACGAUCCGGCUCUGCGAGGGGCGCUUCGUAACCCACCACGAUGUGACAAUUGGCGUCGAGUUUGGCUCCCGGAUCGUCCCCGUCGGGCCGCCGUAUUCUACCUCAACCUCAGCGGCAGCACCAACCUUGUCAUCGACGACAGCAGAAAACGAAACCAAAAACCCAUCAACAACCAAUAGCGGGCUGCCGCCGCCCCCGACUCUCCCAACACCCGCCAAACCCGGCGACCAACCGCAGCAAAAACACAUGAAACUCUCACUGUGGGACACGGCUGGGCAGGAGACGUACAAGUCGGUCACGCGCUCGUACUUCCGCGGGGCGUCGGGGGCGCUGUUAGUCUUUGAUCUGACGCGCAAAGCCACCUUUCAGCACGUGACGGACUGGCUCAACGACCUGCGGCAGAUCGCCGAGCCGGACAUAGUCGUGGUGCUGGUCGGCAACAAGGCUGAUCUUGCCUGUCCCUCCGCCGCCGAUGCCAGUACCACCACCACCACAACAACAAAGCCCCCAGCAGAGCAAGGGAGACUAGAGCAAGGAGGAGCGGAGGAGGAGGAAGGAGCAGGGCGCAACCGCCGCGAGGUGACGCGCGCCGAGGCCGAGGAGUGGGCGCGGCGCAACGGCGUGCUCGAGUACGUCGAGACGAGCGCAAAGAGCGGCGAGAACGUGGAGAAGGCCUUUAUGCGCGUGGCCGAGCGCAUCUUUCAGAACAUCCAGGCGGGCAAGUACGAUCUGAACGACCGCAGGUCUGGAGUCAAGGGGCCGAGUGCGGGGGCGGCGGGAGGAGCGGGGAGCAAGCCGCUGAGGUUGACGGCCGAUGCUUCGAGGAAAGCGGGAGGGGGCUGUUGCUGA